ACAGAUUGUCCCCCCUUCAGCAUAUGCUGUUAAAAAUGUCACUUUAUAUAGCAAAGAGGGAGAUUCUACUCUAUAUUGGUUCUUGUAAGAGGAUGCUAUUUAAUUUCGAGCGGUUGUUGGAAGUUGACAUUUGACCUGCCUGGUGAAAUGUUAAAUAACUAGUGAUGUACUUAUACAUUAUUAGCAUGAAUUUUUUGUCCGAUUUUAACAUUUUAUUAUUGUAUUAUUUUCCUCCACACGGAGCAAACAUGGAUUUGAGGCAUAGUAGUUCUAUAUGGAGCAAACAUGGGAGUGCUAGAGAAUAUAGGUCUUUGUGAAUAAUGCUGCCAUGUUAUGAUUAACUGCAGAAAUAGGAUUAAAAAUGUCUGCUCGUGGUACUGCCUUGACAAGUUUAGCGAUGCUGGGUUUGCUUUGCUAAAUGUAGGUAAAGUGUGGGCUAUGAAGUAUUGACAACAUUAGGGUUGGUAAGUUUGAGAAAUCGAUGAAAUAACGUCUGUAUCUAAUCCAUUUAGUAGUUCCCAAAUCAUCAUAGAAUCAUUUUUGAUAUGUUGGGGAAAUCCCCGUACACAAGCAGUAUACUAAAGACCUAGAAAUAUCAUUUAGAUAUUGAUGUCUUUUUCUCUUUGUGGAUGCUUCAUUAACCCUUUCUCUCUGUUUCGAUCUUAAUUUGUGAUCAUGAUUCAUGAAUAUUAUGCUUCUCUUAGUAAUUGAAACAUAUUUCUAUACAUCUUCUUGUAAGAUAAUAUUUCAUUGAUGUAGAAGGGGAGCAUCCCAUAUACAAUAGCAGUAGACCAACAGUCGUCAAUCUCAUACGAAUUCUCUACAUGAUUCUCAGACAAAAUAACCUUUUCUGCAUUUUCUUAUGCCAUCUCUUUCUUUUAAUGACAGAAACUUCUCUCUGUGCACGUAUUUUCUUAAGCACUGAGCUAACCGAGAACAUGACCCUUGAUAGGAGGGUGUGGAGGUUGAGAAUUAGGGUAGAAGGUUAGUAGGCAGUCGAGUGUUUCCCCUUGUCUUUCUUGUUUCAGUAUUAUUACCACAUAUCUUGUAUUGUAUUAUUUGUUAUCAGUGCUUCUUUCAUCUUGUAUUUUGCUAUCUUAGUCUCAGUUUUCUAAAUAUCUUGUACUGUUAUUACUUGCUAUCGGUGCUUCUUUCAUCUUUUCUUUAGCUGAGGGUCUAUCAGAAACAGCCUCUCUGCCCGUCCAGGGUAAGGGUAAGGCUACGUACAUCUCACCCUGCCCAAACCCCACUUGUGGGAAUACAUAGGGUCGUGGUCGUGGUCGUUGUUGUUGUUGUUGUUGUUGUUGUUGUUGUUGUUGUUGUUGUAUCAGUUGCUCAAAAGAUCCUUCUUCAUAUUGGUUACCAAUUGAAGGUGAACGAAGGCAUCUAAUUCCGAUUCCAAAACCAUGUCUGACUGCAUCUAUUGAACUCGAUUUCUCUGGGCUAAUUUUAUUUUAUAUAUUGCCGACCUAGAUAGCUUUGCAUUCUUUGUAUGUAGAUAGUUGUUUUGGCAAGCAAAAGUCAAUGAAUUGGUAUUCACGAUCUGUAGGUCGCUCUCAUGUGCAAUGAUCCUUUUUUUUCCCUUUACGAUCAAAUCUUUACAUCUGGUUUCAACUCAAAAGUGGGUGGCCUAUAAUUUGCCCUACAUUGAAUUGGCCUGGUAUAAACACCCUGGUAGGCAUUUGUGACUUGCAUUCUGGAGCCUAUUUUGCAUCCUGCAUUUCUGAAUGACCUGCUUGGAAUAGUUUUGAAAGGACCUCUAAAGUAGAAAGGAACUUCCGUUACAAAGUAGUGUUUGAAUCCAGUUGGUACCUUUUUCUCUUUGUCCAAAUAGCUUGCAGUGAGGCUUAAUCAGUUGAGCAACAUAUAACUUGGUGCUUGCCCCUAGGGCUUUGAUUAACGAACUGCUCCAGUUGGCCCUUAGGAAUUUUUUGGUUACAAAUAAAGAGAACACUUGAUGUUUGUGAAUUGUGACGAGGAUGCUGCAAUUAAGAUGCUCUUGAAGCAUUAAAAUUUUGCAUUAUCCUUGGUCUUAGGAAUGACGCUGUUGACAUGAUGUGCAUGAUAACAAUGAUUAGGCAACUGCUGCUCUUGCUUUGGUGUAAUUAGUUUGUGCUUCCGGAAUGCAGAGCAGAUCAAGUGAAAGAUUUGCCAGUGUGCAGGGCUGGAUUAUCCUACUGCUAGCUGUUACAGCCCAGGCCGUCUCCCAUCUCCGGGUUGUCAUUUAGGCCUACAUACAACAAUAAUUAUUAUUUGCCUCAACCCUGACUAUAUGAAUCCUCAUUGAUCCAUCAUUAACAUAUACUUUUCGCCUCUAAAUAGCCAGACUGGCCCCAAGACGACCACGACCGCGUUUCUCCGACCAGCACUAAUUUAACCUUUAAACAAUUAGACGUGCAGACCUCAUUUUUUGACUUGGCAUUCAUCUUUUUUAUUUUGAUCCUCCAUGACAUUCUCAUCCUCCUUUUUUUAAACAACUAUUACCUACUACUAUUAUUGUAUCUUGGUAAUCUGUGUAUCACUAACUUAUGAUCACGUUUUGCUCAUUACUCUGUCGACAACUAAUCCCACUGUUAGUAACAUGUUUAUGGUCAUCCACCUAAACCUAAAAAGUUAAUACUAUUAUUACUAAUUUUGUAUUUUAGUAAUAUCUGCGUCUACACUAAGUCAUGAUCCUAUAUCAAGACACUUUGUUCACAACUUUCUUGGGAACUAAAAUCAUAAGCCAACAAAGAGAAAUAUUUAGGGAAAGAUUUCUGCUAGAACAUGGAUGAAUCUGAGAAACUCUCCAACCAAGAGGAAAGCCAGAAUUUGGAAACCACCACCAACGAGGAGACUCCUGCUGAUGCUACUGCCGCCGGUGGCGAACAGAGUUCAGACUUGUUGAAACAAGAAUUGGACAGUCUAGAAAAAAUGGUGGUGGAAAAGCUGAAUUCUGAUGAAACCAAGGCUACCAUUGAAUCAGCAGUAGUUAACCCUGUGGUAUCAUUGGCGCAAGGCUUCACACAAUCUGCAAAGGGCUUGGUUAAUAAAGUAGAGGGCAAGAUUGAGACAUGGUCCUCUUUACUACACAAGAAGCAGACAAAUGGAACUGAGGAAACUGAUUCAUUGCCUACUUCAGAUGGACAUGUUGGAGAGUCAUCAGCAGCAGACACAGAGAAAUAUGUCAAAGUUCCAGAGCCAAAAAUCUAUCCGAAUAAUGGGGAUCAUGAGCAAACUCCUACAAGCACUGAGAAUCAGUCACUUGUUGGAGUGACCCCUCAGACUAAGACUUCAUGGAUGAACUGUUGUGGUUUACUUGAACUUCUUGUGAGAAAAUCAGAUCAAUAUUUAUCGGACAAAAAGUGUUGCUAAGCAGAUUGUGUUGGUUCGUGAUGGGGAGUGUGCAGAAUAUUGCAGAGUGAUCUUAGACUAGAAAAUUUAUGUUCUUUUUCAACUAAUGUAAUAAAGUUAUGAAAAUUAAUGUGCUUGUGAGAGGGCUUUGUUUCUUCAUUUUCUGUUUCACGUGUAUCUUCCUUAAAAUAUCGAUCCAAGAAUGACUAUUCUGAGUUUUGAGUA